AUGGUAAUCCUUCGGAAUAAUCCGAAAGAUUUCUUAUCAGUUCCACUAUUAGAACUUAAAGAUAAAAGAACUGAUAUAAGUUCUGAGUUAGCACAUCAGAGUAGUUCGAAUGUUAGAUAUGAAAAUUCAAAUGGAACUUUUAGUGCUAGUACAAAUAGCCAAAAUACCGUUUGUCUUAAUUUUCCUUUAACUGAUCCAUCCCAAAUGAAAACAAAUGAAAAGGUUGGAGAAGCAAUUACAGGGACAGAAGCGGGGGCAGCCGCUAUUCUUUCGGGAGUAUUAGCACCAAUAACUGCCGGAGGAAGUUUGGCUCUUGGAGCAACUGCUAUUGGGGCAGGAGCAGGAGCAAAAUUUAUUGAUAAAAAAAGAAAAAACCCCGAAAAUGUUUACUUUACUUUAAGUGCUGUAAGUGCUGACGGGAGCGAAUGA